AUGUACGCAGAUGCGAAUCCACCAGGAACCUACUAUGAGGGAUAUGAAGAUCCAGGAGACGGUUACGUUGACGAGGAUGAUGAGGGAGAAAUUCCGAUUGCCGAACGCGAAUUAGCCGAAGAUGCUGAAUGGAAGCUAAUUCAGAAGAACACCUUUACUCGUUGGGCCAACGAGCACUUGAAGAACAAGAGCAGUUCUGUGGACGACAUUCAGUACGAUUUUGCCGAUGGUUUGCGGCUCAUCGAUCUGAUAGAAUCCCUUUCGGGUCAGACGUUUCGUCAUGUCAAUCGAAAACCGAGUUUUCGAACUCAGAAACUGGAAAAUGUCACCAUGGUUCUGAGAUUUUUGGAAGAGAAUGAGGGAUUGCGAUUGGUUAAUAUCGAUAGUACAGAUAUCGUUGACUGCCGAUUGAAACUCAUCCUGGGUUUGAUCUGGACCUUGAUCCUUCAUUAUUCGAUCACCCUUCCACUCUGGGAAGGCGAAGAUUACAAUCAAGGAAGUUCCGGACCUACGCCAAAGCAGCGUCUCCUGUCAUGGUUGAAUUCAAAAUUAAAUGAACGACCUGUCAAGAACUUCACAACUGACUGGAACGAUGGUACAGCAAUUGGUGCUCUUGUGGAUGCUUGUGCUCCUGGCCUGUGCCCUGAUUGGAGAGACUGGGAGCCUAAACAAAAGUUGAGAAAUGCAACUGAAGCCAUGAAUGCGGCAGAACAGUGGCUGGAUGUUCCACAGCUCAUUAGACCCGAAGAAAUGAUAAAUCCACGCGUGGAUGAGAAAGCUAUGAUGACAUAUUUGAGUCAGUUCCCAAGCGCGAAACUCAAAGAUGGAGCACCACUGAGACCAAGAGCCAAUCCCGCUAGCGUCAGAGCCUAUGGACCCGCCUUCUUUUGGAUGGAAUUUGGUUUCCAGUACCUGAUCGAAGUUAGAGUUGACCACGCUGUAUUGGACGAAGCUGCUAAACUAUUCAGUCAACAGCGCCGGUCAAGGAAGGCGGAUUCCGAGAAGAAGAAGAAUAUUAGAUUCCGCGGCUUAGCCGUUUGUGCUUGUUUCUCCAGACAGCGCUUCGCUUGUCUGCUCUUCCUUCUCGGUCCCAGAUCUCCCGCGCCAAGAACACAAUUCAAAGCAUUCGCUGAAAACGACACGGAUAUUGAUUGGCAGUUGCCAGAAAAUCACCUUAAGGAGAAUAGUCUUGAGCCGCGUGGAAACAAGGUCGGAAUGCCCGCUCGAUUCACCAUCGAUGCUUCUUCAGCUGGAAAGGGGUCAGUUGAAGUCAUUGUCCUGAAUCCUAAAGGUCAACGCGAACCUUGCGACAUCGUUCCGAACACCGAUCGACCUAACACCUACUCUUGUGCCUAUGUCCCUACUCAAGCCGGGGAGUAUCGCGUCAUCAUUAAGUUUGCUACCAAGGAAAUCAUGAACUCACCCUUCAAGGUUAUGGUUGAGGGAGCUGCAGAUCCCAGCAAGGCGACUGCCUCCGGUCCGGGUAUUGAACCUCAAGGCAAUCAAGUCGGCCGUCGAACCUUCUUCAAUAUCUUUACAACUGGGGCCGGAGAGGGGGUUGCAGAUUGUGUGAUCCUUGAUCCACAAGGACGUCAAGACGUGAUCAAACCAAAUAUCACCCGUCAAAGUGAAGACAACUACCUCGUUGAGUAUACACCAAAAAUGGAAGGUCUGCAUUCAGUCAACGUCUUCUUUGCUGGUCAACAAAUUCCGAAUUCUCCAUUUGGCGUUAUGGUUGGACCGCGUAAGUAUAAGACAAGAUCAAUUUUGGACCGAUCUCUUAUUCCAUUUCAUGAUUCUUACGCAUUCACUUUAUCGAUUUAA